UGAGGGAGGUACUGGCGGUGUUUUCGCUGCAAUACGGUUCUAGUCCGCCUGCCAUUAUGUCAUCUGUCUUCCUGAAGGAAACUUGCCACCUGCCACUCCUGUGAUAGCCUCCCAGCACUUCAUCAGAGGCUCACGAGGAUCAUUAGAUCUUGGUUCCCUAAGGAGGACCAACAAGACGCUUGAAGGAAGGAAGGGUGUGUGACGCUGCUGAGGGAGGAGACAGAAGCAGUAGGGAGAAAGUGGAGAGAAGUGUGUGAAAGCUGCAGGACAAGCACGACAGUCCUGUUCUGAAGCUCAUCCAUGGAAUGCACCAAUGUUGGAAGCUUCAGACUACUUCCCGGGUUUAAUAUAAAAGUAUGAAGAGGAAUGUAGAGAAUAUAAUUUUGAGACAUAUUACAGCCCUGUCACACUACAACAUGUUAGACAAUAUAUGAACUGUGUGCUAAUUUUAGCCAACACAUUGACACACAUCAAACUUUUUACCUUCUCUAGCGAGCCCAUAGCAUGUUAGCAGCAAGUUUCCAAUACGUUAUUGCGUGUUGCGUUGAGUAGAUUGAUUUCACAAUGCUUUUUUCAUGUGUGUGCAUAUUGCAAGCUCUGUGUACCAGUAAUGUGCUGACGUGCCUAAGCAUCAUCACCACCAUCUCCAUUAUCUCCUGAUAUACAUAUGUUCUCAAGUCAUAAUGAUGGUGCUACUUCAGUGAUGUCUCUAUGUUCUGCUGUUCCUGAAGCUGUUGUUACCACUACUGUAGAUCCUCCAGUAUUAAUGAAGACAAAGAAGCAAAAGACCACCUUUGGCAUGGACGCAGAUAAAGAAGAGAAGCCGGCGUUGUUCAUCAGAGAAAACCUGAUACUAUGGAACAUCAAAAGGGGUGAUUACAGUUGGAGAGACAAGAAAACCAAGUUGUGGCAGGACCAGGCUGACAUCAUGGGCAUCCUAUCUGAGCAUCUUCAAGGAUGGUUCUGCUCUGUGAGAGACCAGCACACAAGGCUAGAUAAAAAGAAAAGUGGGGAUGUCCUGCCAAACCUUACUGAACAGGAGUGGAUCAUCAAGAAUUCCUGAAGGCUGUUGUCCACUAUGUCCGUGAUCCAGUCCAAAGUUUGAGGACAGUUGAUGUUGUGGAGAAAGGGAAGGCAUAGGUUGCAGAGGUGGAGGCAGCAGUGGAGUUGGCAGCAGCAGCUCCAGUACGAUUUCCUCCCUCAGUUUUCUCUACAUGGACAACUUCUGGGCCUGGUGACAACAGUCUCUUGAGCUCUCUGCUCGCCACGCUGGGCUGGAUGCCACUCAUGAGCUACUAAAAGCAUCCUUCCAGUCUGUCACUGAAGAGGAAGCAUUCACCAACUACGAACUUGCAUACCAUGAUACUGGACAGGUGCAAGAUGGACCAUUUCCUGAUCUUUAUGAGCACCAUUGAUGGAGUGGACCUUCAGGCUCUGAGGAGGUGGUGGUGUUCUCUGGCCACCAGACUGUUGAUGAUUCCUUGCUGUUCCAAGAGGUUGUGCUGGUGCCAGGCAAAUGAAGACUCCAAUAUGAAUAAUGUCAUUCUGUUCAAGGGCUGCCUGACCACUUUCACCCACCCAAUCUUCAAUAUGAAUGUGACACUUGUCCUUUUGCUGGCCACAUUAAGGUGUGGGGACUUGUCUUCUCUGGAACCCCCCUCAAAAAUGAAAUUGAACCUUGUUGGUUCGUGGUAAUCAAAGCAAUCCAAGAUCCCUCACACUGUUGGCUUAUGUGAUGAGGAAGCAUGAUCUUGUACUGACGGAAUGGUGAAACUGAGUCAACAAGUAAUGUUGCUUGAUCUCAGGAUACAAGUAUCUGGUGUUCGUCACCAUCAUCCAGUGGCUGAAAGGCACCUGCCACCUGGACUUCUAGACCCGACAGGAUGACAACUUUGCCGUGCAUCACAGACUGUAGUAUGUGGGGCCUUGGAUGCCAUUUUCACCAGCUGCAGAAUGAACACAAGGAGAAUGGUGAUUGGCUGUCAGAUUCCCAUCACUCCAGUCAACAAGAAGGACUUGCACCCUAACAGACACUCCUGCUAAAAGACUGUAUGUUUUGUGGCCAUGGCUGCAUCAUCCCUCAACACCUGAGAACAAACCAACACCAUGAUCUUUCAAGUCAUUGCAUCUGCCACUGGGAAAGUGUGAUGCUGUGUCAGAUCUGUGGCGUCAUUCACCUGCUGCGGGACUAGACCAGUGCCACCACCUUCAUGCAGCGUGCCAGUACUGCCGUCAGUAUGGGAGACAUUAUGCUGCUCCUUGUUCUCUUCACCACCAUCUUUUGCCAGGGACCCCGAUACUACCUCAAAGUGUUCAGAAAGACAUACAAAACCCACCACUGUGUUGCUGAGGUGGGAGUUCCAAUUCCUGCUAAUCUGAUGGUGUUCUUUUGGCAGCAGCAAGGCAGAGGGCACUCACCUGCCUGUAGUCACUAUGCACAGUGACUAGCCAUUAUAUUCCUUUAAAGGCGAGAUGUUCCAACUGGCUACUAUUCUUCAUUUCUAUCCAUCCUUUACUACAUCGUCAAAAACCUCUUCAUUUAUGAGUGAGGUGUAAUCCUUUGGUGUGAGGUUGAGGUGGCCAUUACAGCCACUUCAGUAGUAUGCACUCAGAUGGGGUCGUCCCCCUCCCGACAGUGUGCCCGCUGAUGGCGACUUCCUGGUGCAGGCAGGCGUGAUGCUUGACAGUGAUGGAGACAGUGCGGGCCUUCUACGAGUAUCCCCCAUCCCAUGCCAGCAUGCCAGCCAGGGAUUAUGGGGGAAGUGUGACCCCAGCCAAGGCCAGACGGUCAUGGGGGGACCUGUUGAAGUUUCGUUCCCGCCCCAAGGAGCGACAACUGUCCCCAGCUAUUGGCAGUCUCCCUCAACCACCCAUACCUGCCCCUGUGACUCACAACUACAUGGCAGAGUACCGGCAGAAGUAUGGUGGCUACAGUGGGACGGUGGGGCGCACAUCUUACCAGGCCCUUCGGGUGGUGCAGGGUAUAUCCACAUCACCUGGCCUGACUGCACCAUCCCCUCUGAACAGCCAUGCCAGCAAAACCACCAUGUCUUCUACUGUACGCUACACUGACUGGUUUGGUUCAGUAGCGGGACGGCGGCAGCCUGUCCGGCCACCCCUUCCUGCCUUCCCAGGAGCACCACCACCAAAUCUCCAUGCUCCUGAGAAGAGUGCUGCUUGGGACCAUUAUGUGACUCUUGAUCCUGUGUAUGAAGCACCGCGUGUGGUGCCAGUGCAAGUGUACACUAAUGUGUGUGUUUGUCCAGAACAGCUUUUGAAUACCAGAAGCAAGAAAAAAAAGAAAUGCAAAAAGUGUGGAAGAAAGGUUGCCACUGUACGUCAUGCUACUGCAGGCAUGGUGGCUAAGGUCCGGCCAGCAAUACCAACAAAUCUUUAUCAGCCACCCACAGCACGGCCACCCACAGCCACACCACGGUCCUGGGGCUGGCAGGUGCUGGAGGAGCAAGUGUAUGAAAGGUAUGAAGUUCAAACACGCCAGAACCUCGUUUCUACAGCCCAUGCUCACAGUGAGGAUGAGUCACCCACCACCACACCUGAAACUAUCCGGAGCGUGAAGAGCAUUCGCAGUACCAAGAGUGGCCGAAGUAAUGACAGUUCAACAACCAUCACCCGGGAUGCACUAGAGCCCUCACGGCCUGCUCCUCCCCCUCCUCGCAUGCUUCCUUCAGUUCCAGAUGACCAUAAUAUAGUCACAAAUUCAUUUAGUGCCAAAGAAACCUCAUCCUCAGGGGAUCUAGGUGAUAAAAGAAGCUCUAUUUUAACAGAAAAUCCAACAGCAUACCAACUCCUCACCAGCUUUGGUGGUGCUUCUGAUCCUCACCACAGCUCAGACCCUGAUGAGUUGAGUGACAAUGCUGUGGACACCUCAUGGGAUGCAGAGGCCACCACACCUGUGAAAGACUCUUACAAUGGCACUGUGAUAACUGUUGGCAGUAAUCAUUCACAGAAUGAGACUACUGCUUGGCCAGUUGCUGACAAUGUGACACACAACAAAAUUAAGAUUCAUACAAACAAUGAUGGUACUGUUUAUAGUUCUGGUGUUAAUAAUUCAAAAGAAAAGUUUGAAAAGGACAUUCCACGUGACUCUAUCUAUGAAACUAGUGGAACUAAGAUCAUGUUGUCUUCUACGUCUAAUAAAAAUAAUGUGCUGUCUAAUAAGAGAAUGAAUUUAUCAAACAUGCACAGUCCACUAUCAAGUUUCAGUGUUACUUCAUGCAAUGGUAAGCAAAGUUCCUCAUCUUCCAGUAAAGUAAGUUCUAGGAAUAAAAGUAACUCUACCAAAAAAUCUCAAAAUUCUGUAAUCGAGUCAGCUAACCUUGAAAGGAAAAAUGGCCUGAAAAAUAGUCACAAUUCCAUCCUCAUCAAUGGAAACAACAAGAAUGUGUCUCAAGAUGUGAAUCAUGUGGCAGUAAGCAGUCAGAAUAAUCAAGUCGGGGCCAGUACUACCACCAAUGGUCCAAAGCUGGAGGUAAAGAAACUCCGAGAGGCAAGUGAACUCCAGCAAGGUGGUAACACUGUUCGCAUUGCUGGCCAGCGCAUGCUUGUCCUCACCCCUGGAGCACCUCCCCCAGAACCUCGAUCAGGAUUCUCAAGUGGUGAAGAUGAGAAUGAUACUAGUGUGGAGGAUGACACCAGUGACUACCCUCUGUCCUCCCCCUCACGAGGCUCCGACACUGACACCUUGCCAGAGGAGGAGGAUCUACCGUUGGACUCAUCUGAUUCAUCAUACAGAUAUCCUGACCACAAUAUUGACUCUGCUGUAUCUAGUCUUAGUUCUUCAGCUUUUUCUUACGAGGGAUCAGCAGCAGUUAAUGACUGGUGGUCUCCUACCAAGGACACUAUUUAUGAGGAAGAGGAAACAGGAGAGGCAGAUAAACUUACUAAUGGAGACAAAGAAGAAACAGAGCCAGUUGAUGGUAACUCCUCCUCAGUUGGUGAAGAGGAGCAAAGUGUGACCUCAUCCUCAGCCAGCUCUCCAUUACGCCCUGAAGGCCUCCAUCCAACCCUUUCAGAGCUACUUAAGGUUAAGUCCAUCUUGAAAAAGCCUCCAUCUGUGGAUACCAGUUCAGAGACUGACUCUGACUUCUAUCUCCCAACCAUGGAGUUUAAGCAGAACCAAAGAAAGAAAAAACAGGUGCAGUUUAGAGCCUCACAUGAUAUCACAGUCAUUGAGGAUGCUGGGGAGUCUAAGGGCCGCAAAGUGUCGUCAGCUAGAUCUAAAAAGGAUCAUGAAAAAGAAAAUUGGAAAAAUAACUACAAUCUGUUUUCCGAUCUUCAAGAUAUUUAUGUGAGAAAUAACAUGUCUAAAGUGUACAAACCACAAGUCAUAGACAGCUGUGUUGAUUCCAAAAAUGAAGAAAGUGUACAUAGUGAAUGUGAUCACAACCAGGUAACUGAAAUGUAUAAUUCUGAACAUAAUGAACAACUACAUCAUGAAAGUGAGGAAGAAGCACAAGAGAAUGGCCAACUGGAGCCUGAAGUGCCACCCUUGGAUUCCAGUAACUCUGUUCAUCUUGAGUUUAAUGGGAAGGAGACGUGGGGUGCAAACCAAGAACAGGAAAGCUGCGAAGGGGAAGCUGACAGUUACCACCGGUCCAGACUCCACUGUUGUCUGAGCGAGAGUCAGACUCCAGGUGAGAGCUUGCCUGACCUUCAGGAUGCUACUAUCAACCAUCUCAACCGACACAAGCCUCAAAGCACAACUUCAGCCAACACUUCAUCUUCGGUUCCAACUCGCCAAGCUCCUCCACCACCCAGGAGCCGAACCAUGAGCCCCACUAGACCCAGUGUGCCACCCCCUCCCCCACCCACUGGGAGACCAGCAGCAGCAUGCAUGUCACCUUCCAAGUCAUCUCCACGAGAACGGCCUCUUCCAUCCCCUCCUCCUCCUCUGCCGUCAAGGCCUCCUCCAGAGUCACCACCACCAUCUCCUCCUCCUCCAUUACCAACAUCACCUCCUCCUCCCCUGGAAGAUGCAGAAAGGAUAACCAUUGUUAAUUUCUCUGCCCAUGAUUCUUCAUCUCCCCAAAAUCCAACUUUUCAUAGCUUCAAAGCCUCUGAAAAUUCACUGCAUCCAUUAUCCAAGCUGAUUUCUCCACCUUGCCAUGGUUCUUCCCAAGAAAGUUCACAAUCCAAGGAUGAACUUCGUGAAGUUCUGCCUCCAGUAGGACAUGUUGCUAUGUUUGGUGGAAGUGAAGAAACUCGAACUGCAACCAUCAGGGGGCGAGGAGCUGGCCACACACGACCUUCAUUUUUGGAAACAUUUGUAGCUGGGGUGUCUCCUAAUACUACCAAUCAGUCUAGUCCACCACAAGCCCCACGCAGGCGUAACAGAAACCAUUCCCAAAGUCCUGAGGCUCGUGCUGGUGCCACAAGGAAUUCUAGACAUAAAUUAGAAGGCCACAGCUCCCAGAUGUCUUUCCAGAAAGGUGUUAGGGAAGAGGAUCCAUAUGAACAAAUUACCGAUCACAUAUAUGAAGAACUGCUUUCUCGUUCUCCACCUAUUUCAUCACCUUUCAGCAGUCACUGCAAUUCCAAUCAGGAGUCUGCUCAACUUAUGUCACCUGUCCCUGGAAAGUCCAUGUUUGAAGGAGCCUCGAAGGAUGAAAUUUUGGAGUACCUCCAGGACGCACGUCGCAGAGUAGCCAACUCUGUAGAUGAGGAUGAAGACAGAGAUGAGGAACUUGAUGGUGAUCCCUUGGAUGCUGAGGUGGACCUUGAGGAUGAUGAGGAGGAGGACCAGCUAGGAGUAGACCCACCUGAAGAUCAGUUCACAGCCCUUACUUCAAGAAACAGGGGCAACAGGUCCUCCAAUAUGAGUUCUAACUCAGACUCAUCAGAGAACAGUGGACUCCUUCGAUCAGACAAGGAACGUUUAGUGUUCGGUGAGGUUGAAAGAACAGACUCAGGUGUGGGAUCAGAGACCAGCAAACCUUCUGUCCUGCGCCAUGGCAAACAAGGCAUUGCUGCCACUCACGGGGCCACAGCUGUGCGGGAGGGAGAUCUGCCCCUCUGUGAUGACUGUGACUCCCCUGUGGAUACUCGAGUAACCAACAGUGGCGUGGUAUAUGCUCCACUCGUGUGUCGCAGGUGUUCUCGGCGGCGUGGAGAACGCAAGGAAAUUUUGACUGAAAUAAUGGAGACUGAAAUUAAAUAUGGCCAGGACCUGCGUGUUAUGAUUGACCAGUUCUACAGACCCAUCUUGGUGGCAGGGCUGUUGAGUCGUGACCAACUGAAAAGUAUCUUUUUAAAUGUGGAAGAUCUGUUGGAACACAACCGGGUCUUUUCUCUGCAGCUGCGUGAUGCUCUAGAGAUUGCACUGGAACAAGGAGAUGAAGACUUGCUCACAGUUAAUGUGGCUCGUCUUUUCUUGCAAGCAGCACCUAUGUUGCAUGCUUUUGAGACUUACUGCGUCAGACAGGGUUCUGCCUCGCUGCUGUUACAGACUCUGGAGAAGGAGAGGGAGCUGUUGAGAAUAUUCCUCAAAGUAUCACAGAUGGAGAACACACUCUUAAGGCGAAUGAAUCUCCAUUCAUUUCUUAUGGUACCUGUUCAGAGAGUAACCAAGUAUCCCUUGCUGCUGGCUCGUCUCUACAAGGCAACGCCUCCAACUCAUGCCUCAAGGGAAGACUGUCGUAGAGCCAAGGAAAAAAUUGAAUUACAUCUGCAACAUAUGAAUAAUGAGACAAAGGAAGUGAGUCCCACCAAACUCUGGCGACGCAUAUCCAUGAGUGUGGGGAGCGGAACACCAAUGAAGCGUUCCUCACAGUCACACAACUUUUCUAUGAACCUCAAACUCAGGAAGCUUGCCCUGCAAGUCCUAGAUUGGAGCCCUGAAGAAGCAACAGUAGUGCGUGAAGGCAGACUCUUUUGUCUUGCACCAGAUUCAAACAACUGGACUCGACGGGGACGUUCCCUCAAAAUGAUGACUGUUCAUGUCCUCCUUGUGACACUUGGCACACCACGUGCACUGUUUGAGGAGGAAGUAGCAGAAGAUGGUUUAGUAAUGUCCCGUAACUUGGGUAUCAAGGAUGCUGCCAUGCUUGCUUUUAAGGAUCUAAAGGUGUCCAAGGCAGCACUUAUAAGGCAAGAACCAUGGCACCUGAGUCGGUGUGUGGUGGCUUGGGAGGGGGAGAGCGAAGCAGAGUGCUUUGAAGUGUCAGAUCUCAAUUCCAAAGACACAUUCAUCUUCAAGGGGAGUGAUGCAGCCAGCACAGAGUCAUGGUUCCGUUACAUUCAGUUUCACGCACUCUCUGUUGGUACCUGGAAGAGGAGACGUCCUGCCCUGGCAAAUAUCAUGAUUAACGGGAUGGGCAGGUGCUAGCUGGAGGUUCACUUUGUCUUUGUCAACUCGUCACUAGCACAGCAUUUGUCAAGAAAAUGAAGUCUCAAAUUCAUUGCCUUAUCAUUUUUUAUGGAGCUUUUAAAUUGUUAAUGUUAUAAAGAGUAAUUUGUUGUUAAAUAUCUGAAAAGGUGAGAUGAGAGAGUGUUGACAGCAGCAAGUGGAAUGCCAAAGUGUUCUGAUUUCUAGUAUUUUAUUUUAAUUAUAUUUGUGACUGUGUGAUAGUUGAUUCUUAAGUUUUCCUGCUCUGGUGAUUGCAGGACAUGGCUAAUUCAUGACCUUUGAGGAAUGUAUUGUUAUCUUUUCAUGUCCUCAAAAACUCUUUAGGUUAUGAGUUGCUAUGUUUUUAUGGAAUCACUUUAGGUGGUGACCAAUGGUCACUUUAUAUUGUAUAUUUUAUUGAAAUUAUCCAAUUUAUAUAUUUGUAUCAUAUGAAGAAAUUGCACGCACUUAUAGCUGUAAAGCUAAUUUUUUGAGGCAAGAGUAAGAAGCAGGAUGUGAGAGCAAGUGGGUUUUGGGUACGUCUUGAGUCCAGACAGUGGUUUUGUAGUGGUACUGCAGUGCCAAACUUAGCCAUGACUAAGGCCUAUUGAGUGCUUCUGGUCUUUGUUUUCCUAAUCCCAUGCAAUGAUAUCUACUCACAUGUUUUACUGUAUAAGUAGUAACUGCUGUCAUCAUAAAUACCACACUUAGUAUUCAUAUUUCAUACAUUUGUAUUUAUACAGAUGUGUGUUGAUUUCCAAUACACAUGAAUGAGCAGUUUGAAAUUAAGUAAAAUGACAAAUGUGUCAAUCUGUCCUGCUACCUCUGACUCUUCUGUCUUACUAACAUCAUUCCCUAUAAAGCUUGUGUGCAAAACAAUAAAGAAAAUAUUUUGUU